AUGGAGAAAGCGACGGAGAAAGCAGAAUCCGAGAAGCAACAACCUCCGAAUCAUCAAAUGGAUGCAGACGAAGAAGAAGGGAAUGUGAAACAGCUCAAGGAGUGUUCUUCUCUCUACUUGUCUUUGCAGGAUUGUCUUGUUGAUAGCAAUAGGGACUGGAAAUCUUGCCAGAAACUUGAUUGGUUUGAGGAACUGUGUGAUUGA